ACCAUUGCAUUAGAUCUCACAGUAGACUGCCAGUCAGUUGAUAUGAGGAUCAUGUUGACUGUAAUGAGUUAAAUUGAACAGUCAUGGCAGACCGUGUGAUUGUAGUCUUUCUCCUGUUGGGAUUGCUUACAGAAAUUACAGUUGCUUCAGCCACCCUUGAUUUUACUUGCAUCACCAAGCCCCGCAUUAAUAUCGACGACGAAGACACCUACAUUGCUGCUUAUCUGCAUGGUAGUAAUGGGUCGCUGUCUUUCCGGCAAACAUUGGCGCCGGCCGGUACUGACCACAACACAGAGACGUUACCUCCGAACAGCAGUUUAUUAGCAACGGCCCAGUCAUUACAAGAGAGUGCCGUCUUUAAUAAACUUGAAUUACCGGUGACUGGAGGGAAGACUAGAAUCGGAGCCUUUGACUGUGACGUAACAAUGGCGGGAGGAGGCAGCAGCAGCAUAACAACCAUCAUUAUGAGCAGCAAAGCCGACUUCGUUCCGAGGCGUGCGAGUCUGACGGCCAACCUGGGUGAUGCGGUCAAUCUCAAAGUUACUGCAGCUGACUUAAAUAGUCAAAAAUACCGAUGGAGAAAGGACGGCAGUGAAUCCAUUAGGAGCCAAAAAAACCAGCUCAGUUAUGAUCUUUAUAAUGUGACUAACUCAAGCAGUGGGAUCUAUGAGGUCCAUCUCAACGGUAAACGUAGAGAUGGAAGCCAAGCACUUAUGCAGUUGAUAGUCAGAGACUGCAAACAGAGUAAAUGGAAUCCGCCUUCAUGUAACAUGGACUGCCCAACGUGUUUGAAUGGCGGUGUUUGUGACGACACGAAUGGAGACUGCAUUUGUCCUCCAGGCUUUAGUGGAGAUUUGUGCAAGAUACCGGAAGGUCCAAAUCGUUUUGGACAAACAGGAAGUUUCCGCUGUGACUCUCCUGAACUGGGAGGCGGUCCUACGUGUGCAGGGACGCUGUUCUGUUUACCAGAUCCUUAUGGUUGCUCGUGUGCUGCUGGGUACCAGGGAAUUGACUGCAAUGAAAGUAAGUACAGAUUUCAGGCCGUUAUUGAAAUCUUGGUUAAGUGA